AUGUUCUUACAAAUAUCUGACGACUCAGGUGAGCGCACUGCUGGUCGCGGUCUUCUGAUGAUUUGUCUUCUCUUCUAAAUAACCUUUCUCUGCUAUUUAAAAAUGGCUUUUUUCAGGAAUUUUCAGUUAAUUUCACUGGCUUUUGAGAAAGAAUUCAAAGGCUUUUGAACGGACAUAUUGGUUUGCUGUUUUUUUUAAUUUCUUCAGAAAUUAACCGUUUAUUUGGAGAAAAUCAGUUUAAACUUGGGUCUACAGGCACAGACCAAAAUUGGAUGUGCGAAUAUUUGGGCUGACGUCAAUCAACCGCAGAGGGAUAACCGCGUAAAAAUUCGCAAAACUGCCACCGGACAGCUAGUGGUAUAUACUGGGUUUGCAGGAUACCAUACUGACAGCAUAUGUACUAACUAAAAGUCUAGACACGUGUUCUGUCGAUAUUCUGCCGUUGCGUGGCACAGCUUCGAGGGUUUCAGCUCAUCAGUGAUACACCGAGUGUUCCCCGUAUGCUUUUUGGUAGAUUCUCCAGUGUAGAAAUCGCUGCUUCUUAAUUUUGGUCUGCAGCUAAAGGCCGGAGUUUAAACUGAUUUACUCCAAGUUGGCGGUUAAUUUCUGAGGAAAUCAGAAAAAACAACUUCUAAACUGGAGUAUCAGCUAAAAAUCCCAUAGAGAAUUCUGGAGGACCUACUGAUGAACCGAACUCCUGUCAGUUGCGCCAUGCAGUGGUAGAAUAUUGCCCAAACUCGUGUUUGGGCUUUUAGGUAGUGUCUGUGUUGCUAGUAUGGUAUGCUUUAACCGCAGGAUUGGGUUGCGCCUCAACCAGUAAUCUCGGGGAAGGAGAAACAGUAAAAUGCGGAAAUGCGUACCCUGUGAACUAUCUUCCUGCAAAAGGCUUUUUAAUGUAUUGAAACAAACUUUUGGCGUAGGUAUGACUUUUUUUACUUUUUUAAGGACGCCACACUUCCUAUUCCAAAAGACCCCCAAUCUGCCAUUCUUCUAGUACGGGUGGCCAUGUGCCGUAGUUCAGCGAAAGCUAUGCAUACUCUGUCGGGGAAAAGAAACUCCGAGUUAUGUGAAAUCUAGCUAGGGCUCCACUGAAUUCGUAUAAGGAAAUAUAUCGAUUCGCGGUUUUUGCUGAUACGAGGCAAAGGGCGGUUAUCAAAUAACUCUAGUCUUAGUGAACUUCGCCAUUCGGUUUCUUGCCGACAUUUGAGCAUAAAACCUUCCAUCUUCAGAGCAAUAUCACGGAAUAUAUAUGCCCUGUGCAGCUUAGUUCAACAUGGCAUGCGAAGAAGCUCAGAUGUCCGGCCAAUAAAUAUUCAGCCUCAUAAACGUUGUAUAAGUGAAUUCUCGUUGCGUUCAGCAAAUCAAAAACUUCCAACGCCUUCACCACCUUCUAGCCUAUUUGCGGGACUGGCUUUAGGGAUACAGUGGUCAAUAAUCUAUAUAUGAGCCCGUUUGUGGUGUUUAUUUGUUUGUUGUGAGAUGGAAGACGAGAGUAUCGUUACCAGCUCGAGGAGCCCUCAACCACUUUAAGUUAGUAAGGGAUAAGGAUGGAGGGAGGAGGAGGAGAAGGAGGAGGAGGAGGAGGAGGAGGAGGAGGAGGAAGAGGAGGAGGAGAAGGAGGAGAUGGAGUAAGAGGAGGAGAGGAAGGGGGAGAAAAACACCCAGAUAACACAGACUCCCCAGCUAUUGCAGCAACCCUUCUAGUUCAGCAGAGACGAGGUGUAUUAGGAGUCCAUUUCAAAAAUUAAACCUACUGCAGUGUCCAGAAGGGAGCUGAAGACAGGUAAAAGCACUAACGGAAAAUAACUACCGAAAAAGGCAAGGGGGCUUGGAAGGGUUAUUUGUGGCCUAUUAGCCGUCAUCAGCCAGUCAUAUCCAAUCCCGCGACCUGUUGGUUAGAAGUCCGACACCUCUAACCAUUAAGCCACGGGCUCCUUUUCCUGUCGGUUGUGAUCUGAAAUAUACAAUGGUAGAGGGACGCCCACCGAUCGUGUUCCGGAAGUCGCUCGUCCUGUUGUGCCGCUAUGCGGUUGCCGGUUGUGCUCAAGACAAAGCUCCAAGACACAAGGGGUCGAGUGAGUUGCUUAAUACGAUCGAUGAGCGCCUUUUUAACGUCAUUAACGGAAAGUCACACUAGAGAGCGCGUACGCCGGUGUAUCCAAACUCCCCUGGUUCCAGAUAAGUGUUCUAAUCCCAAUACUUUCUCUCUAUGAGUAUUCACAGCACAAAAGGCAGCUGUAGCAAGAAGAAGUUACACGAUAUCUGUUUAUGAUCUCCGUGUCGCGGGGCAGAAUUUUAUGAGGCUGUCUGUUUCCCACAGUUCGCAACCCUUUGCGUCCUGGCAGCACUGUCGCUGCCAUUGUGUGAAGUCCUUCUUUUCAGACGAAAGUCUCUUUAUUCUGCACUUCACCUUUGCUAAAAUCCGUCCCACCAUGCGCCACCCGUGGUAGGUCAUCGGGCAAAUCACAUCAUCCGGAAGGGACGUCUGCAGCUGGAUGACUAAUUUAAUUGGAUACUUUCAAACCAAGCCAAGUAUUAGCAGCCAUAACUUGGGUGAAUGCGCCAAUCUACGCAGGAGCAAAAAAGAGAGGUUUUCACCGGCCUGUCCCAACCUACCUCAAAUGAGCUCUCGCAUCGUGGUUUGGGAGGAUUAACUGAUGGCGCCUUGCCCCGUGUGGAGGGCAGGUGGCGUCACCAGUGCUCCUUGUUAGGGGGAUUACUCCCGGUUUUAGCAUCUUCUUUUUUUGUUGCCUACGUCAGCGUUUCACCUGCCCAGUCUGCUGUGGUUUUUCUGGUAGGAACGUCCCCAGGAAGUUAAAUGAGUCUGGUGGACGGAUGCCAGUAGAAUUGUAGGCCUCCCAGUCUCGGCAUGCAGCUGUACUGUCAGCUCACGGCCUCGGGGGCACAAAUCGAUUUUUCGUUAAAAGCGCCGUGUCAACUAUUAAAGAGUUUGUGCCUAUUUUUCGGUAUCUAACAUACUUCAGUGUGUACUGCCUGCAUCAGAUCAGGCAAGCAUAUGGUACACUUUGUAUCCUGACAGAGGCUGCCUUCACCUUAUGGGUUCAAUUCUGAUUUCUGUUUGACGAUGUCUUUCCCAGCAGCAGUGCGAGAGCAACGACAUUCCACCCCGUAGUACUAUAUGGUGGUUCUUGCAGGACCCCGGCUACGCCAUCCUAUGUCCUUCAGAAACUAACGCCAGGUUGACUGGCACCUGCGAACUGCAAAUUCGCACUGAUUUUAUCCCGAGUUAAGCCACGCUGUCAUCUGCCAAACUGCAGUUUGGUUCAUCCCCUUGUAGAGAUUGACAACUCUACCGUCGAUAUCUACCGCGUGCCCCACAACUGGGUGGAUGCAUCGACGACGACGACUUCUUUAUUGUGAUAGUAAACGUGGGCAGCAUUUGCCAUAUUCUCUCUCCUCUUCUCACAUCUGGGCUCCGUGUCGUGACGGAAUAUAGAAAACCGGGUGCGGGAGAGGACGCAGGUGGUUGGCACCGCAUGAGUCUGCACCUAAGCGUGCGGUCCCACCCGCACUAUGUAUGGCAUUUGCUAUGGGGGCGAAUCCCUAGUAAUGCUCGCUGUGCCUUGAUCUGGUCCGUCCUGUUGGACCAACACGUCAAACAAAUGGCACAUCGUAGGGUCAAGCGGAAUCCUAAUCUGUUGUUGAGAGUGCACAACCACAGUGGAAAAAUUGUGCCUUUUAUAUUGAUUCUUCGCGUGCUUCAACAAAGGUAAUCACUGGUGGACAGCUUAUUACUAGUGCUCUCAAGAAGUUCUGGCAAGUGUAAUCUGUUUCGGAUUUGUUAAGCAUCAUCAGCUGACACCGGGACAGCUCCAGACUACACGCCCAAAUGUCCAGCACUAAUCGGAUGACCACCGACAACGCCCUUCCUUCUGAACUACGGGUCUUGUUACCUGAGGCGGGGAAUAUUCAGGCACACAGGGGUGAAGUGCAUCGAUUUCAGGGCGGAAAAGGACUUUUUUGGUUUAGACUUUGACCUCCGGGUCUGAAGUCCACAUUGGAGGUCUAAUGACGGUCAGGAAUAAGCAAUCGAACAGUGCUACCGAGAAAGCCUGGUAAAGCUUGAGAAGCACUGACGGAUCAAGGCAACUAAGCUAGAAACGACCAUUAUAUGGCGAAAUCGACGGUCGGCUGGAAUCUGUGAAAUUCUAAGCCACUGGCAACAUCAUCAAAAUAUAGAGGCAUAAGGUAUUCAUAAUAUGAGGCACUAGUUCCGUUGAACCUUCGUCUAUCAGUUAGUUCUUUUAAUUUCUGGAUCUUUCAGGCUUCUAUAUCUGGAUCAUAAAUGAAAGCAAAAAAUUUAAUAGCCUACGAGACCUGGAAGGGCAUUCAGUUAGGAAACCUACACCUACGUUUGUUGUGCAAAGCAUUGUUCAGUUUUCUGUGUUAUUACAGAUGUGUUUAGGUUUCAGGUCACCUAUAAAUCCACCUAUUGGCAUUACAAAAAUGUUUUUGAUGAUGGAAGUCAACGUAAGCCUAGCAACUUUUUGCGUUGGUUUUUAAGAAACUGUCCUGUGUAAACUUUUUAUCGUUGUCAUGCUCUUUUAAGGCAAAGGUAACAGCAUACGGGGAAUUUAACGGCGUCAUGGGAUGCGGUGGCAAUACGAGGAAGGAAGCCAGAACUAUGUGAACAGUUGGAUCUCAUGAGUCACUUCGCACUGCCAAGAGUCCAUGACGGUAAUAACCACAUCCCACCUCCCGUCCUCUUAUUCAACCCCCCUCCACAUUACUGAAUGACUAAUGUUCCAUGCUGUUCAGUCGAAAUAACCCUGUAACCCGAAUUGGAUAAUCUACAUAAUUUCCUUCUGUCUGCACGCCAUGUCCAUCCUCAUGUCAAAUUAACAUUCCCCGUUAUUGCUUAUCUAUUGCGUUUGAUUCCCUUAGCCCGUUUUCUGAUUUAACAGUCUGCAGUUGAAUGAGAAGUCCCAAGUGUUGUGACAUCGUUAAAUCCUGCAUCUUUUAUCAUUUUCGCCCUGUCCAAAUUUAUUCUGGGCAAAUAAUGUUUCGCAAUCAUUAUGUUUGUGUAAAUCAAGCCGUAAAUUUUCCCGGUAUACUUUGAUGUGAGCUAAAUCGACAUGUCAUUUUUGUUUAAAUUUAUAUAACCGAGUCAUAUUGUUUUGCCAAAUUUUUGGCUGUUAAACUCAUCUUUAUGCUUAACCUACUUCCCCCCCCCCCGCUUCUUGCGAGAAGAAAACUAUCCAAAAAUUCAAACUAAUCCCCUCCCGUGCCUGAAGUUGAGGUUUUUGUUAAGGCAGUCUCUAUAUACCAUUAAAAUUGUAUAAGAUGUGUCAUUGCGGUAGGCGCGUUUGCAUCGCUACCGAUAAUGAGGCGCGGAAGUCCGAUGACUCGUGUCUUAUUCCGCGUCUUCUGUGUACGAAAUUCGUCAAUUGCCUGUUUCUAUGUGUUAUGGUGACGCAAAAUAUGAGAGUUAUUAACCGUAUGAGAAGUCGUAGGACCAACAAUCUUAAUAGCCAUGAUGCUUUUUAUCUGACAACAAUUGAUAGGCAUCUUUAGAAGAAAAAUGACAAGUGAGAUCGAACCCCUGCACUCCAAUGGCUAAAACGAGUCCUAACCUGACUUUCAUCUGUGUUUAUUUUCGUCCUUGCUUUAAUUCAACCAUUCGCUUUUAAAAACCAGAUGUUGCUCUCAACAGGAUCCAUGAUUUGUCAAAUAUUGAUUGCUAUAUUAAGAGUGUGCUCCACAACAUAAGAUGUAGGCUAAAAUUUACGGCAUUUGUGUAAAAUAAGUCAAGUGUACGUCAAAGGUUGGUUUUAGACUUGUAGCCUUCCAUUAUUUUCAUAGCAAAUCAGUCUUAAGUGCUUUCAAAACAUUCACACAUUCCGCGUAUUUAUGUCACAAUCUCCGCGCUGUAGAUAACUGCAGAGCAAAAGUUGUGGCCCAGUGAUUCCCUUUAAAUAUUAAAAAUUGAUGCAUUUUUAAAGAACGAUGACCGGAUUGGGGGGAAGCAGAUGCCAGCUCCUAGAACGACGAUAUACCGGGACAUGGUAAAAUAAUGGAGAAGGAAGUCUUGUGCUAAUGAAGACCAUUUCACGAAUCUCUGGUUUGGUUUCUGCAUUCGUCUGUGUCAUGGGGUAAAAAAUGUAUAGUACCGUUUGCGGGGAUCGUUUCGGAUAUCCAGGCAUCCAAUGGCUUUUGCCCCAGUCUCUUAGCAACUCGCACUUUCAACCAUCUUUCUUUGUAAAGUCAAGUUGGCAAACAAGUGCUUUCAGUAAUUCUUCGUCAGGCCAAUAUGGUUACAUGAUGGAAUGGAAAUAUACAAAAUUAGAGGUUCUUAUAGGUGUCUCAAGGGGUAUUAAGUCAUUAAAACUCGUCUUCUCCAAGCCGCCCGCAUGACGAGGUCGGCGAGUUUUGGUCCUAAGGGCUAGGGGAAGGGUGAGAGGGACUUUGAGUGAUGUUCUCGGAUUGAGUACACGGAGUACCCAUUACUGUAAUUAGGGAUUUGAGACGGCAUGUUGUCAUCACUUGGGGUUGGCGCUGGCCACGGAACAGGGAGCGCCUGUGUCAGAGUUUUCUGUUUUUCGUGGUCUUCCUGUGCGUUGCGAUCGUUGGCCUGGGAUAGCAGACCGCCCCUUCAAACUAUCCAUGUGCGUCCAUGUGUUAACUGGCUCAGUGGCUACGCAAUAUGGCUAUGGGGUAUGGUAGCCCGAACCACAUUGUCCACCUGAGCCGGUUUGUUUCUUAAUCCGCACGUCUAUUUUAAGUACAGUGACUGCCAAACACGAACAAUAUCCUCGCCAGCCUCCGUGGUAAUGCGUCGUGUCUUUAAGAAGGAGACACGAUCGCUGGGACAAGAGUUUUACUUGCCUGGCGUUUCGGAUUCCUACUCGAACCCAUCAUCAGAGACAAAAACAGAUACGGGUUGUUCAUGCAUAAUGGCCUGCAGUAGCCAUCCUACCGCAUACCUAUGAAUAUUCACGGCUCCUCUCCCCUUCAUCAGGGAUCGUUGCACUUGGUGUGCUGACUGUUCAAAGACCGACAUUCGCGUCGUUAAUUGCUGCAAUUUCACUACGUGCGUUGGAUGUUGGUGUGAUGAUUGAUCGACCAUCUGUCCACCGACCCUGACGUUGGGAAAAGUGUUCAACUGUGCGCUUCCAGUGUGGCUUAUUAUUCCACCUAGGCGAGGUCUCAGCACUGAUUAUGGAAGGGGAAGGUCAUUGCACUUGUUAUUGGACUGGGGGCUAGAACCAGUACUUAAGCAGCUCCCGGCUCACACGAUUGUCACCUCUUGCGAGAAUUUAGGCCUCGUCGAAUUUGAAUGUGGGGCCAGAUCUCGUCGAAUGAGCCGCACCUUGACAGCUGGUUUCAUUUCUCCACACCGCUGCAGCGUGUUCGACCAUUCGCGUUCGGAGCUGUCUUCCGGUUUCUCCGACGUAGUUGCGUUGUCCGCCACUGCACCAGAUUCAAUAAACGACUUCCGACGUUUCUUGCCGUGGCAGCGGUCUUUCAGUUUCAUUACCUGACGCCUGAUGGUUGCCUCCAGUCUCAGUGCAACUCCAAUCCCAGGUGGUGCGAGAAGACGGCCGACAGAUCCCAAACGUUCUUGACAUACGGAAGCGCUCGCCAAAAUUUGGUGUAAGUGCGGUUAGGCCUUUCGUCCCUUUUGCGUAUUUACCGAUUGACAAAGUUUCGCGGGUAGCCAUUGGCUUUGAAGACCCGUCGGAGGUAUUGUAGUUCAGCAAUUUUGUCUUCCGGCUCACUGCAGUGCGUUUCGACACGCCGAUAGAGCGUCCUUACACAACUGCGUUUGUGACUGCUUGGCUGGUUUCUAUUGAAGUCCAGUACUUGCUUCGCAUUUGUCGCUUUCCUGUACAGUUUGGUCACUUCUAUUGGCAAUGCGUCCUGUCGCCUACACUACCAAGGUAACAACCGCUGGAUGUUUGCUGGCAACCGUUUCUUGUGGGCUUUCUGGUACUCGUUUGCCCGAGUCGCUACAGUACUUUUUUACUCUCUGGAAGGUAGCUCUUAUGCAGUUUGGUUUGUGUGUCGCUGUGUGAUUGUCGUGCCCUUACAACGGACCACGCGGUAGAGGCGCUGGACCAACACGGAGACCAGAUCAUGGCACGGCGGGCUUUAUUGAGGCAGAUGCCACAUAUGGCGGGGGUGUGGUGGUACACCUAGUUGCACCCUCACGCGGCGUCAAGUACCUGCACUUUUCCUCGCCCCUGGUCUUCUUGAUUUAGUCAUAGGCUGAGCUGAGGUGGGAGAGGAGUAGGAGAGAGUACGGCAAGUGCUGCUUACGUCUUCUAUCAAUAUGAAUUAACUCAUGCCCAAGUCGCCGUCAAUACACCCACCCAGUUGGUAAGGCAGACGAUGGGCGUCGUCGGAAUCGACGGCCAAACUUUCGGUUGUCGGGCCUCCUGAAGAUUCGUGUGCUCCACCUUCUUGCGGCCCACUGCGAUGCGCCACUCGCAACUGAGACUGUGCAUGACGGAGACGUUAGGGAAAAGCAGGUGCUCUAUUGUCUCGUCCUCUCCUGUGAACCAAAGGUCAGGGAGGACGUAAUAAAGCCGUUUAAUAUGACUUUAUGGCCUGUCUGCCUCUGUUAUAACGAACAUGCCGUCCAGGGGAUCUGUACCAACAGGUCAGACUCAUAAUUGCCAAAGGCGACCUUUUUUAACUAGUGUAGAACCAAUUCGGGGUUGGAUACAGCUGCGUCUAUCCCUCUCUUCCACCUGAUUCUAAUGUGGGGACACCUGUAAUACGCGAAUGGUAGUUUUUACGUGUGGGGUCUUUCAGGACAGGAAAAGUAGAUUUAGAAACAUGUAAAAGGGAAAUCGUAUUCACGCCUCAUGUUUGUUGUAACGGUUAGCCAACCUUUUAAUCCCUGUAAUGUAAUAAGGAGGUGCCAAGCGAAGCCUUUGCGAAUUAAGUGUUGCAAAGGAGACGCGCGCGACUUCACAGGAAGAAUACGCACCGCCCGCUAAUAAAAACGUAAAAUGAGCAGGCCUCCUGUAGGACUAUAUUUCAGUGGGAGUUUGCUCAACUGGCCCCUACCAGCUAAACUGGAGAAUGGAGGACCCAGUGGUGUUCCCCUGAUCUGCUACUAUACCCUGACCUCAGAAUCAGAACAUUCGCUGGCAUAAUUCAGAAGUGACUUCGGUUAGGUAUUAUGUACUACUGAUGAUUCUAAAAUUUCAUAUAGUGUUAAAUAAUUUUCGCUACUGCACAAGACAUAAAAGAUCCCUGAAUAUGUGAAUGCUAUAAGGAGGAAACAGUGUUUGUCCAUAACCUAAAAUGGCUUUCAGUUCUGCCGAAUUUUUCCUAUAAAACAAGAUCUGUUUGCCUUUGCUCAUUAGUUGCUUUCCACCCCUCACCCGCGACCAGCCUUCAGUAGACGGCAGGGGGAAGCAUGAAAGUGAUGCAGGCUAACUGCAAGCAAAAAUGACAGUAUUCGCUGUGUCCAGUCAUUCAUUGCUGUGCCUUAUCAGAUGGUCUCGGAUACCGUCCAUUCUGUGUUUACUGUGCAAAUAGCGCCGUCUUUUGUGUUGCAUAAGCCUUGAGAAUGGGUCUGAUGAAAGCGUUAUUAGCCAACACACACGCACGCACCCACGCACAGGUGCUGUUGUUUGAGCAUUUUCCUGUCGCGUCCUUUCCGCCCGUGAAGCGCUACUGAGGGAGCCCAAAAAGUAGGCCGUCUGAAGUGCCUGAACACCGGUCCGCGCUGGCAGUGUGCACUACCCUGCCGAAAUCCGUUCUGUGCGUUAUAGACGACGCCAAAUGUGUAUGGAAACUGUGGGAAAAAAAGGCGGAGGUCGCGCAGUCUGCUUCUGCCACGGACAAGGUGAGCUUUGCAGGACAGUUCAGAGGAAGGAAACCAUUAUUUUGCCUGCAAGCAGUCGCGCACACGCCUAGAUGGCUCCCUCCAAUGUCACGUCAGGCAGCAGAAGGCAGUUCUAUUGCCUGCUGCUGCUGCUGCUGCUGCUGCUACUGCUGCUGCUGCUGCUGCUGCUGCUGCUGCUGCUGCUGCUGCUGCUGCUGCUGCUGCUGCUGCUGCUGCUGCUGCUGCUGCUGCUGCUGCUGCUGCUGCUGCUGCUGCUGCUGCUGCUGCUGCUGCUGCUGCUGCCGUUCAGACGGAUGAUACCAGCCCCGGAACUUCACUUAAUUAA